GUCGUUUGAAGUGAUCCUUGCCUUUCUACUUUUCAUAACUUGGACUUGGCCUUGCAUAACAUACCCCAACUGCAUACGCAAACAUCAUGAAUCUCUCGCUGUACACGAUCACAGGUUUCCUCAUCAUUGACACAGACGGUCAUCGCGUACUGGCCAAGUACUAUCACCCGAAGAACCAUCCGCAUGUGGAGGCACAACAAAGCCGCUUGCGCACACUGAAAGAACAGCGUGCCUUUGAGAAGGGCCUCUUCCAAAAGACUAAGAAGGCUGGCGGCGACAUCAUCCUAUACGAUGGUUCGCUAGCAGUAUACAAGCACUCCCUUGAUCUCAUCUUCUACCUCAUUGCCGAGCCCGAGGAGAACGAGCUCAUGGUCCACGCCGCCCUCACCGCUUUCGCCGAUGCACUUCACAUACUCCUCCGCGGGCAGGUCGAGAAGCGCGGUGUGCUCGAGAGCCUCGACCUCGUACUCCUCUGUCUAGAUGAGACAAUAGAUGAUGGUAUCAUCGUGGAGACCGACGCGGCUGCGAUCGCUUCACGCGUCUCGCGACCAAAGGCGGAUUCCACCGAAAUCGUCAUCAACGAGCAAACACUCAUGAACGCAUACAUGACUGUGAAGGAGAAAAUGCAGCAGCGCAUCGGACAGCUAUGA